CAGUUCAUGCCAAGUACUACUUGUCUUUACAGCAUUUUCCGGCGAUGGAGACGGCGAGGUCCGCAAGAAAUGAUGAGAAAUUAGCAGCUGGGAUGUUUGUUCUUGCUUGGUUAUGGCUCAAGAACUUGGCUGAAAAUGUGAGAGCAAAAGUUUCUAAGGUAGCGAAUAACGUAAAAAAGCUUGGGAAAGAUGACCCAAGAAGAAUUAUUCAUUCCCUUAAGGUGGGAGUUUCACUUAGCCUAGUCUCGAUAUUCUACUACUAUCAGCCACUUUACGACAACUUCGGUGUCUCCGCCAUGUGGGCCGUAAUGACUGUUGUUGUCGUUUUUGAAUACACUGUUGGUGCCACUCUUGGAAAAGGUCUAAAUAGGGGUUUGGCAACUUUGCUAGCUGGCGCUUUAGGUGUUGGAGCUCAUCAUUUGGCUAGCUUAUCUGGUGAUAUAGGGGAGCCCAUAUUACUUGGAUUUUUUGUUUUCCUACAAGCUGCAACAUCAACAUUUAUAAGGUUCUUUCCGAAAGUGAAGGCAAGAUAUGACUACGGGUUGCUGAUAUUUAUUUUGACAUUUUCUUUGAUUUCUGUCUCGGGUUUUCGAGACGAUGAGAUUUUGGAGAUGGCUCAUAAGAGGCUUUCGACCAUCCUCAUUGGAGGCUCUGCCUGCGUUGUUAUCUCCAUUUUGGUUUGUCCUGUGUGGGCUGGUGAAGAUCUUCAUAAUUUGAUUGCUCUCAACUUGGAAAAGCUUGGAAAUUUCUUAGAAGGUUUUGGAGAUGAAUAUUUUAAUAACACAGCAAUGAAUGAAGAGUCCAAAGACGACAAGGCAUAUCUGCAAGGAUAUAAAAGUGUGCUCAACUCAAAAAGUAGCGAAGAAUCUUUGGCAAACUUUGCAAGAUGGGAGCCAGGUCAUGGUCGAUUCAAAUUUCGUCAUCCGUGGAAACAAUACCUUAAAGUUGGAACUCUGACACGCCAAUGCGCCUAUCGAAUUGAGGCACUUCAUGGCCGCCUUAGUGCUGAUAAGAUCCAAACAUCGCCAGAGAUCAGAGAACAAAUCCAAGAAGCAUGCAUGAAAGUUAGCUCGGAAUCCGGCAAAGCACUGAAGGAGCUAGCAACUUCAGUCAAGAAAAUGACCAAACCAUCCUCAGCUAAUCCACACCUCGCAAGCUCCAAAGUGGCGGCAAAGUCCCUCAGAUCCUUGCUAAAAUCAGGCUCGUGGGACAAUAUCGACCUUUUAGAAGUAAUACCCUCAGUUACAGUGGCCUCAAUCCUUCUUGAUGUCGUUAAUUGCACAGAAAAGAUUGCCGAAUCAGUUAAUGAACUUGCCUCUCUUGCACACUUCAAGAGUACUACCACUAUGGAUCCUAAAGUUUCGCCGGAAAAGUCGCCGGCGUCGGGAAAGCCUGACGUUCACGAUAAAGAAGAUCAAAAUCCCAUGAUAGAUUGCCCCAACCAUGUGGUUAUUACAGUUACGGAUCAUUCAGCUCCAACUUUACAAGAAAUUAUCGGGAAGCCUCAGGCAUGACAUAUGCUAUGGGAGUGUAAAUAUGUGUUAGCAAUUGGUAACUAUGACCUAUGUAUACCCACUUGGUUAUUGUAAAGUUGGGUACAAAAAUUUCGAGACUAAUUUAACGUAGUUUGAGAAUUUGACUAGGGUAAUCCUUUUACAGGGGCGCGUUCAAUGUCAUAUAUAUCAAACAAGAAUAAAGACUUCUAUUU